CUAGCUGGAUGUUGAAGCUCUUCACCCCUCUGCAGAAGCCAACCUGACCUCUCAGGUCCUCGUUCGUACCUGUGGACUGAGCUGAACCUUCAAGGCCUCUGUCUCUGCCUCCCCCUCAACCAGCCAACCGGCUAACUACAUCCACCUCUGACCUAUACAACCACAGCACCACAGGACUGCUGAAGAACACGCUGCUUUUCCAACGACUGCUUGGAAGAGGAGGGGAGAUCAUCACACUACAUCUGAGGACGUUUGGCCUUGUCUGUCCCCAGUUGGCCUCAGCAUCAACCAGAGAGAAGGAGAGGGGCAAGAAGAAGAAGAGGAGGAAGAGGAAGACAUCUGUUUUUCAAGAUUUCGGAGGUGCAUAGACUUUCCACAGCUUGGGACUAUUUUAGUGAGACAAAGAGAAAGGACUUUAACAUCCCAGUAACAACCAACGUGGUACAAAUACUGACGAAAAUCCAGCCAAAUACCGGUAGACAUCGUCAACCGUCACCACAACCGUUACUACUACCACAACAACAACAACAGCCUUACACCUUUACCAUGGCGACCACCGGCAUGCAGCUCCUGGGCCUGGUCUUGUCCCUGGUUGGCUGGGUGGGCGGAUUCCUGGUAUGCUCUGUUCCGCUGUGGCGCGUCACCGCCUUCAUCGGCAACAACAUCGUGACGGCUCAGAUCAUCUGGGAGGGGCUGUGGAUGACCUGCAUCGUCCAAUCAACGGGCCAGAUCCAGUGCAAGGUGUACGACAGUCUCUUGGCCCUUCCCAGCGACAUGCAGGCGGCCCGGGGUCUCACCGUGCUCUCCGUCCUCCUCUGUGGCCUGGCCCUGGCUCUAGGUGUGGUGGGGGUAAAGUGCACCAAGUGUAUUGGUCAGAAUAGUCUGAAGGCUCGUAUUGCAAGGAUAUCCGGCUUUCUGUUUGGCAUCGCUGGGUUUCUCUACCUGGUUCCUAUCUGCUGGACGGCCCACUCCAUUAUCAGGGACUUCUAUGAUCCCCACGUGGCCGCGCCGCACAAGAGAGAGCUAGGCCCCGCCCUAUACCUGGGCUGGGGGGCGUCGGCCUUGCUCCUGAUUGGUGGGUCGCUGUUGUAUGCGGGGUCGAGUCCUCCCGGCAUCCCCGGGUCUCCGACCUUCAGCAGCGAAAGCAGCCCCCGUAGAGGACCUGCCGCUCAGGUCAAAGGUUACGUCUGAUCGGAAUGCCACAAAACACACAACACCCCAUGAUUCCGAGAAUCUAUGUCUAUGAUUCCAUGAUUCCGCCCUGACAACAUGAAAAACCCUCCUCUUUUAGUAUUUAUACUUUUUAAUACUUUGGAAUGUUCAUGUUAUUAUUAUUCGGUGGUGCUUUUCCUCAUUCUUUCAAAAGAUGCACUAGGAGGUUAUGAAGGGAAUUGUGAAAUCAUUUUGUUAUUUCAUGUGUCCCUGUUGUCCUCCGAUAACCCUAUUAUCCGUCAGUCUGUCUGUCAGUGUAAAACCCAAUAAAAUCACCUGUCUUUCAAUUCCUCUCUGGGAAACUCCUCUGUGUGAGUUCAUCUAUUCUAGGAUACAGUAGCCUAUAUUCGCUUCAAACCAAAGGAUUAGAAAUGAUGGUCACCAAGAGUAAAUGUCUUGGCAUUGUAGUGCGCCAAUGGAACAUGUUGUCAUGUACCAUUGUGCACUGUGAGUGGUGGUGCAGAUUGGAACGGAACAAUAGAACAAUGGGGAACUGUGUACGUGUGUACGUCUGUGAGUGUGUGGUGUAGCGCUGAUGGAGAGAGCACCAGCGAAUGGUCUUUUUCCCAACCAGCUACCACUCAUCCUCCCAUCAGGCCAUCACUACAGACUGUACAAUUAUCUCCAUGUUUCAAUGUCUCCAGUCCAGUCUAGAUAUCAAAACCGGGGUCCUGUCCUCAGUUCUUAGGGGACGCUGCCCGCGUCUCAAAUACCACCCUAUUCCCUAUACAGUUCAAUGCUUUUGAUGGAAGCAUAGAGCUCUGGUUUAAAACUAGUGCACUACAAUGGGCUCUGAUCAAACGAAGUGCACUAUAUAGGGAAUAGGGUUCAAUUUAAGACUCAGACUGGGUCCAGUCCAGCAGAACCAGGCUCCUCACAAAUGAUUGGCCAUACACCGUAAGACAGGGUUCGUCAACUAGGUUUUUGCCUCGGGACCAAAAAGUUUUCUGAGCUAAUAGGUGGCGGGCCGGAACCUAAUUAGCAUAUAAUACGAGCAAAGUUAAAAGGCUACACUACAAAUGGAACAACAUUGUUUUUGAACACAUGAUUAAUACGGAAUACAUUUAAUGACAAUAACAUACUCGUUUUGAAUUGAUUAAACUCGUAAAAUCA